AGGCACGCUCAGCGGGGCGGUCACGUGACCAGGGGCGUGCUGCGGCCGCCCGGGCGGACCCGGCGAGAGGCGGCGGCGGGAGCGGCGGUGAUGGACGGGUCCGGGGAGCAACCCAGAGGCGGGGGGCCCACCAGCUCUGAGCAGAUCAUGAAGACAGGGGCCCUUUUGCUUCAGGGUUUCAUCCAAGAUCGAGCAGGGCGAAUGGGGGGAGAGACACCCGAGCUGGCCCUUGAGCAGGCGCCACAGGAUGCAUCCACCAAGAAGCUGAGCGAGUGUCUCAAGCGCAUCGGAGAUGAACUGGACAGUAACAUGGAGUUACAGAGGAUGAUCGCAGCUGUGGACACAGACUCCCCCCGCGAGGUCUUUUUCCGAGUGGCAGCUGAAAUGUUUUCUGAUGGCAACUUCAACUGGGGUCGGGUCGUUGCCCUCUUCUACUUUGCCAGCAAACUGGUGCUCAAGGCCCUGUGUACCAAGGUGCCCGAGCUGAUCAGGACCAUCAUGGGCUGGACACUGGACUUCCUUCGAGAGCGACUGCUGGGCUGGAUCCAGGACCAGGGUGGUUGGGACGGCCUCCUCUCCUACUUUGGGACACCCACGUGGCAGACAGUGACCAUCUUUGUGGCUGGAGUGCUCACUGCAUCACUCACCAUCUGGAAAAAGAUGGGCUGAGGCCACCAGCUGCCUUGGACUGUGUCUUUUCUGCAUAAAUUAUGGCAUUUUUCCGGGAGGGGUGGGAUUGGGGGUCA